AUCAACAAACUAACUAACCUAACUUGUCGAUUUUCGUAACGUUGUUUGUCGUUUUUAAAGCGAAUUUUCAACUAAAGUGACUUUUUUAACUUGAAAUUGACUAAAAUUUGCGCCCCCACGAAAAAUGGACGCCGACUUGUACGACGAGUUCGGCAAUUACAUAGGCCCCGAGUUGGACAGCGACGAUGACGAAGAAGAGGAACAAGAGUUACAAGAAGACGAAGAGCAGCAAGACUACGAUGAUGAGCAAAUGGAAGAUGUGGAGCCCCAGCCCAUGGCCAUCGUUUUGCACGAAGACAAGCAAUAUUAUCCUUCAGCGUUGCAAGUGUAUGGCCCCGAUGUCGAAACUAUCGUUCAGGAGGAAGACGCGCAGCCGUUGGACGUGCCGUUGAUCGAACCAGUGAAAAAAAAGAAGUUCCAGUUGAAGGAGCAAGAUUUGCCUGACACGAUUUAUAGCAUGGAAUUUUUGGCCGAUAUGAUGGACAAUACGUCGUUGAUUAGAAACGUGGCGCUUGUGGGGCACUUGCAUCACGGUAAAACCACGUUUGUGGAUUGCUUGAUUCGACAGACCCAUCCUGGGUAUCAGGAUUAUGAUGAGAAGAAUUUGCGGUAUACGGAUAUUUUGUUCACUGAGCAGGAAAGAGGGUGUUCCAUAAAAUCAAUUCCAAUUACGUUGUUGUUACAAGAUAUUAAAAAUAAGAGCUACUUGAUGAAUAUUUUUGAUACUCCAGGGCACGUUAAUUUUUCUGACGAAGUCACAGCUGCAAUGCGUCUGUGUGACGGCGUCGUUCUCUUCAUAGACGCCGCUGAGGGCGUCAUGUUGAAUACCGAAAGACUCCUAAAACAUGCAGUCCAAGAGCAGAUGCAGAUCACCAUUUGUAUAAACAAAAUUGAUCGGUUAAUUCUAGAGUUGAAGUUGCCUCCACAGGAUGCCUACUACAAAUUGAGACACAUUGUGGAGGAAAUUAAUGGGUUGCUGACGUUGUAUUCUGAUGAUGCUAAUCCCCACAUUGUGUCACCUGUCUUGGGCAAUGUUUGUUUCGCCAGUUCACAAUAUGGCGUCUGUUUUACCCUAAAGUCGUUCGCCAAUCUCUAUAAUCAGUGCUAUGGAGACGUCAACGUUGAAGAAUUUUCAAAACGAUUAUGGGGAGAUAUUUAUUUUAACAGUAAAACGCGCAAAUUCACCAAAAAAGCGCCUCACAACUCGGCGCAGCGCAGCUUCGUGGAGUUCAUCCUCGAGCCCCUCUACAAGGUCUUCGCCCAGGUGGUGGGCGACGUGGACACCACCCUCGCCGACGUCCUGGACGAGCUCGGCAUCAAGCUCACCAAGAACGAGAUGAAGCUCAACAUCCGGCCGUUGUUGCGCCUCGUGUGCAACAAGUUCCUGGGGGACUUCAACGGGUUCGUCAACAUGUGUGUAGAGCACAUAAAUUCGCCCCUGGAUAACGCGAAGAAGAAGGUGGACCACAUUUAUACGGGGCCCAACACUAGCAAGAUUUACGACGAUAUGGUCAAUUGUGACCAGGACGGGUUGCUGAUGGUGCACAGCUCCAAGAUGUACCCCACCGACGACUGCACCUUUUUCCAGGUCUUGGCGAGGGUGCUGAGCGGGACGCUGCACGCCGGGACCGACGUGAGGAUUUUGGGGGAGAAUUAUACGCUGCAGGACGAGGAGGAUUCGAGGGUGUUGACGAUAGGGCGGCUGUGGAUUUACGAGUCGAGAUACAAAAUCGAACUGAACCGCGUCCCGGCCGGCAACUGGGUUCUAAUCGAAGGAAUUGACCAAUCCAUCGUGAAAACCGCCACCAUUACGGACCUGACCAUUUACGAAGACUUGUACAUCUUCCGCCCCUUAAAAUUUAACACACAGAGCAUAAUCAAAAUCGCCGUGGAACCCGUCAACCCCUCCGAGCUCCCCAAAAUGCUCGACGGCCUCCGCAAAGUCAACAAAUCCUACCCCCUGCUCACCACCCGCGUCGAGGAGUCCGGCGAGCACGUGGUCCUGGGCACCGGCGAGCUCUACCUCGACUGCGUCAUGCACGACUUACGCAAGAUGUACUCGGAAAUCGACAUCAAGGUCGCCGACCCGGUGGUGGCCUUCUGCGAGACGGUGGUCGAGACCUCGAGCUUGAAGUGUUUCGCCGAAACCCCGAACAAGAAGAACAAGCUGACAAUGAUCGCCGAGCCUUUGGAACGGGGGCUGGCCGAAGACAUAGAGAACGAGAACGUGCAGAUCGCGUGGAACAAAAAGAAGCUGGGGGAGUUCUUCCAGACGAAGUACGACUGGGAUUUGCUGGCGGCGAGGAGCAUCUGGGCUUUCGGACCAGAUACCACCGGACCGAACAUUUUAGUGGACGACACGCUGCCCUCGGAGGUGGACAAGGGGCUGUUGAGCUCGGUGAAGGACUCGAUCGUGCAGGGGUUCCAGUGGGGGACGCGGGAGGGGCCGCUGUGCGAAGAACCCAUCAGGAACACGAAGUUCAAGAUCUUGGAUGCGGUCAUCGCGAACGAGCCGGUGCACAGAGGUGGAGGUCAAAUCAUUCCGACGGCCAGACGAGUGGUCUAUUCAGCCUUCUUGAUGGCGACUCCUCGAUUAAUGGAGCCGUAUUUGUUCGUGGAAGUCCAGGCCCCGGCCGACUGCGUCUCGGCCGUGUACACGGUAUUGGCAAAGAGGCGUGGUCACGUGACGCAAGACGCCCCAGUUCCCGGCUCUCCCCUAUACACGAUAAAGGCGUUCAUUCCAGCGAUUGACAGUUUUGGGUUUGAGACCGACUUGAGGACGCACACCCAAGGACAGGCCUUUUGCUUAUCGGUGUUCCAUCAUUGGCAGAUCGUACCUGGGGACCCUCUGGACAAAAGUAUAGUCAUCAGACCUCUGGAACCACAACCAGCGACACAUUUAGCCAGGGAAUUCAUGAUAAAAACGAGGAGGCGGAAAGGUUUGAGUCAGGACGUGUCGAUCAACAAAUUUUUCGACGACCCUAUGUUGUUAGAGUUGGCAAGACAAGACGUCAUGCUAAACUAUCCCCUACUUUAAAAUAUAGCUAUAAGUUUUUAUUGUCAGAGUACAUGCAACUAAAAUAAAAAAGUCGUAUAUACAAAAAAA